CAACUUUCAAGAGAGAACGCUUGAAGAGUAGUGACUUUGUACUAACUAAUUAGUUAAAUUUCAUCAGGACCAAGGUAAAAUACUUAGGAUUAAAAAUUGAUCUACGUUCCGUUACAUUCAAGUUAAAUCCAAAUACAACCGUUGUGGAAACAGAUGUUCUUCGCACCAAGAUCACCCCAUUGAUGGAGCGAGUUGAAAUCAUAGAAGUUGGUCAAGCUAUGGAAGAAUGAAUGACUCUCAAGUAUCUGCAUUUGCAUUCAUCUCCACCAAGAGCGUGUGCGUGAGACAUCAGUCUUGUCCUUUUCACCAAUGUUUUUGGAUUAUUCAGAAUCUUGUGGCUCUGUGCCAUCUUAGAAUUUCAGUGGAAGCGCACCCAUGAGACCCUAGAGAUUUGUUUAUUUCAGCAAGUUAUUCAUUCAACAUUGGUUUAUGCAAACCGUAGCAAAUCAUACCGGCUAUUUUACCAAAUUCUCUAUACCGGUUUUCUAAAUCACGUUUAUUUGGUAAAAAUCUAAAAAAAAAAAGAAAUUAACUAAAAGAUACUCGAAGCGUCCAAAUUUACAAGAACAUGGCUUACAAUACGGCGUCGUUUUGUUCCCGGCUAUAUCUCUAAACUCGCCUUACCUACCAUGCACAUCAGGUGAAAACCUAAGCUACAGCCUACAUGAUACAUAUUAUAUAUAUAUAGCAAACCGUUUAUCUAAUUAAAAAAAAAGUCAGAUUUGUUUUCUUUUUCUUUGAUUUAUUACUGUGUAAAGCGUUUAUAGAGUCUAAAUUAUCAGAUUGAGGAGAAGAAGAAAAUGGAGCAAUUAUCUAAUGGCUCGAUCACUGACAAUAUUUUCCCUUCAGCUCCGGCUCCUCUUAAACAGCCUUUCGUGAUCGGUGUUGCCGGUGGAACCGCCUCCGGGAAGACAACGGUCUGCGACAUGAUCAUGUCUCAGUUACACGAUCAACGUGUCGUCCUUGUGAACCAAGAUUCGUUUUAUCAUUCGCUUAGUGCGGAGAAACUAAAGAAGGUUCACGAAUACAAUUUCGAUCAUCCUGACGCGUUCAACACGGAGGUUUUGCUUUCUUGUAUGGAGAAACUACGGUCUGGCCAACCAGUGAGCAUCCCUAGCUACGAUUUCAAAACCCACCAGAGCAUUGAAUCAGCUAGUCCGGUUAAUCCAGCUGACGUAAUCAUCUUAGAAGGGAUAUUGGUUCUUAAUGAUCCUCAAGUUCGUGACCUCAUGAACAUGAAGAUCUUUGUUGAUACAGAUGCUGAUGUACGUCUCUCGAGGAGGAUACAACGUGAUACCGUCCAGAGAGGAAGAAACAUCCAAAACGUGCUUGAGCAAUACACCAAGUUUGUGAAGCCGAGCUUUGAUGAGUUCAUCCAGCCAUCGAUGAAGUAUGCUGAUAUAAUCAUACCUCGAGGAGGGGACAACGAUGUUGCCAUUGAUCUCAUUGUUCAACAUAUCCGUACAAAGCUGUGCCAACACAAUCUCUGUAAGAUAUACUCAAACAUCUUCAUCAUAUCUUCUACCUUCCAGAUCAAAGGAAUGCAUACUCUUAUCCGCGAUGUCAACACUACAAAGCAUGAUUUCGUCUUCUACGCUGACCGAUUGAUUCGACUGGUUGUGGAACAUGGACUUGGUCAUCUUCCUUUCACAGAGAAACAAAUAACUACUCCAACAGGCUCAGUGUACACUGGAGUAGACUUCUGCAAGAGAUUGUGUGGAGUCUCAGUGAUCAGAAGUGGAGAAAGCAUGGAGAACGCAUUAAGAGCUUGUUGCAACGGAAUCAAGAUUGGUAAAAUCUUAAUCCACAGAGAGAACAACGAUGGUCGUCAGUUGAUAUAUGAGAAGUUACCAAAAGACAUCGCAAGCAGACAUGUCUUCCUCCUUGACCCUGUUCUAGCUUCAGGAAACUCUGCAGUGAAGGCUAUAUCUUUGCUUAUCAGCAAGGGAGUUCCAGAAUCACAUAUCAUCUUUCUCAACCUUAUAGCAGCACCUCAAGGUAUUCACGCGCUGUGCAAGAAACAUCCAAUGGUAAAGAUUGUGACUUCUGAAAUCGAUGCCUCGCUCAAUGAGGACUCGCGUGUGAUUCCAGGCCUUGGAGAAUUCGCAGACCGUUACUUUGGUACUGACAACUCGAAAAACUUUCAAGCUGGUCUGAAAAUCUCAAAGUAAGCUAAAAGGAUGUGCUGUUUUUUUUUUUUCAUACUUCUUAAUUAAAAGAAUGUGAUGUUCCCUUCAUAAAUAACCUUCUAAUACAUCCUGAGUUUCUUCCAACCUCA